CGUCAAACAGGUUCGGCAAGUUUUAUACUUUCCCUGCAUUCACUGAACUCCUGCACACACACACACACACUUAUACACACACACUUAUACACACGCUUUACUGAAACCAUUAGCGCUUUAAUAACUCUCAGGAGACAUUCAGAAUCCAGGAGCUUCAAGAGUGAAACACAGACCGACACAGAGAGAGAGAGAGAGAGACCAACCUGAGACACAGAUCCAGAGACAGCAGAGAUCUACCUUAAUGUGUCACCGGAAACCUUAGCCUUUAGGGCUGCUUCUUCACAAACUUCUGACAGGAAAUAAUAGGACUGAGACUAAAGAGACUAAUUACUGAGAGACCCCCAUUUUUAACGAUGUCUGUGGACACACUGGAUCCAUCUCCACGACGUCUGGCAAGGCCUCCUGAUGCUGCGCAGUUAUCACCAAGCCCUCGCAAGCCGAGCGCUGUGGAGCGCCUGGAGGCUGACAAGGCCAAGUAUGUCAAGAGCCAUCAGGUGGCACUGAACAAGCAGUUGCCAGUAAUUCGCAAACCUUUGAUGACCCCCAACGACAGCAGGCCGCUUCGACCAGGGGCUAUGCAACCCACUCGCAAGAUGCCCACCCAGUCCCCUGCAAGGUGUGAGCCUCCACCCCUGGACUUGAAGCACUUGAGUAACUUGAUCAAUGGUGUUAGUGAUACUACAUUACUUUCCACUUCUUUGCAACUGGGCAGUCCUCGGAAAAAAGAAAAUCCUGAAUGCACCAAGUCAUCCCAGCCCCUCUCUCCUACUUCACCUUCAGUUAAAGAAUCUUCUGUCAUGUCUCUGUUAUCUCCUACAUCCCAAAAAAAGCCAUUAGUAGAGUGCCAAAAGGCUAAAACCUCUAGUGCUGGCACAGUCCGAAGGGUUGAUGUUAGACCACAGGUUCCGCAGAUGAGGAAGCCAGGCAGAGCACAGCUUCAGAACCGUCCUCCUGUGCAACUGCCAGAGCAGCGCAUGCACUCGCAGCUGCUGCAGCUACUUAGACCAUACACCCAGCCGCAGCAUCAGCCGCUGCCUCUAAAGCCUGUUGGAAUCAAAAGCAGAGUGGAUGUAACAAGUCCAGUUACAUCCCCCAAAAGCCCAGUCCUUACUUCACCCUUCUCUGCAGAAUCCCUGAAGAGCCCAAAUUCGACUUUGCCUUCUUCAGUUAGAUCCCCAAAAGAUGCUAACCUUGAUGUCCCACCUUUGCAUUCUCCCGCCAUCGCAUCACCGGUGUCCAUUAGCGAUGUCCCACCAGUAGAUUCUCCAGCCAUUACCCGCAAAUCCUCAGUAAGCUCUAGGAAGCGUACUUCCCUCACCCGCUCCAAGUCGGACUGCAGCGACCGGUUUUCACGUGCUGGUGCAGAGGUCGAACGCUUCUUUAACUACUGCGGACUCGACCCCUCUGACUUUGAUGAUCUGGAACCUGGCUCUGACAUUGCAUCUGUUUCACGUCUCAGAAGUGCUAGUGCUCCUGCCUCAGAGCACACAGCUGAAGGAGGAGAUGAUGAAGAGGAGGAGGAAGCGCCCAAGGAUGAAAGACCCGCUUAUGGCGUUUCAGUAAUUGAGAGAAAUGCAAGGGUCAUUAAGUGGCUGUUUGGAAUGCGCCAAGCCAAGGACAGCACAAAGGUGGCUCACAUGUAGGGAGUUCGCGUUUGCAAGAAAACAGGCAAGUCUCAAGGAUUGGAACUUUUUGAUUUCUGACUUUUUGGUUGCUAUUCCACCACAUCCAGAGGGGACAACAGCACUGGUAUAUUGCUCUCCUGGAGAACACUUCCUGCUAAGAACCCUAUUUUCCAAAGGGUGCUGUACUUUUAGAAGUGUGUUGGGCCACAGAAAGUUUCAAACCAACCCUGCUUCUGUAAAGAUACCAUGUCCUGCAGGUUAUACCUUCAUCCAAACCUAAAAGACCAUAUUCAAAUAAGCACUCCUGCAGGCAAUAACUGAUGGAUGGAUCAGGUGAGAUGGAUUAGUGGUUGGAGCUAAAAUCUGUUGGAAGGUUGCUCCCCAGGAGUAAAAUUCUAAUUCUAUAGUUUUUAACUGCAGACCAGGGAGAGGAAACUAUAAAUACCGGUAGAUCUAUCUCACAAAGGGUUGAGAACUGACCACUCCAUCCAGUGUGUUAAUAUUUGUAAUAUUCAUGUAUAUAUUUUUUGCACCAAACUGUUCAUGUUUUUGGGGGGUUCCAGGUUUGUGCAUGGCUUCACACAUUAGUGUUUUUCAUUAUUUUGAACAAAUGUGCUUUGCAAGGGAUUUUUAGGUGAAUUGUUUCUACAACAAUGCAGUGUUGGAUCUAAAUGCUGGUCACUUGAUGUGAUAAAAAUGUGAAUAAGCUGGAACCAAGUCUGGUGUCAGUUUUAGUGAUAAGCUUUUACAUUCACUGUACAUUAAGUCUAAAAGAAUGGAAUGUUAAAGUGUUAAAAAUAAAAAUGUGAUUUAAAUGUU